AUGCAGUUAGAAUUCCGAACAUUGAUAUUUGGAAUUGUAACACUGCUGGUCAUAUUUCUGAUCAUUGCUGAUAUUGCUGAAGUCCAGGAAGAAAUUGGGAAUAUUGGAGGUUCCAGAACAUUGUACUUGCACAGUGUCAUCCCAAAACCCAACAGAAAUGUAGCAGUGAAAGCCAAUCCUACACCUUUAGUCAAUGAAGGGGAGGACAAGAGUCCUGCUUCUCCUUCAGGCUCGAAAAAUGCCACCAGGCUCUCUUCAGAUAACUGGACCUUCAACAGAACCCUCUCCAGCCUCAUCAGGAAGAACAUCCUGAGGUUCUUUGACCCAGAGAGGGACAUCUCUAUUCUGAAGGGCACAUUGAAACCUGGAGAUGUCAUCCACUACGUCUUUGACCGUCAGAGCACUACCAACAUCUCAGAGAACCUGUACCGGUUGCUACCCACUGCAUCCCCCAUGAAGAACCAGCACCACAGACGCUGUGCCAUCGUAGGGAACUCUGGGAUCCUACUCAAUAGCAGCUGUGGGCCAGAGAUAGACUCCCAUGACUUUGUUAUCAGAUGUAACCUGGCACCAGUGGAGGAGUAUGCUGGGGAUGUGGGGCGGCGCACCAACCUGGUGACCAUGAACCCGUCGGUGGUGCAGCGGGCCUUCCAUGACCUGGCCAGUGAGCAGUGGAGGGAGCGCUUCCUGCAGCGGCUCCGGGGCCUCAGCGGCAGCGUGUUGUGGAUCCCAGCCUUCAUGGCCAAGGGAGGAGAGGAGAGGGUGGAGUGGGCCAUCCGUCUCAUCCUGCUGCACACGGUGGAUGUGCACACCGCCUUCCCCUCACUGCGCCUUCUCCAUGCUGUCAGAGGGUAUUGGCUGACUAACAAUGUCCAGAUCAAGAGACCCACUACUGGUCUGUUGAUGUACACCAUGGCCACUCGCUUCUGUGAGGAGAUCCAUCUGUACGGCUUCUGGCCUUUCCCUCGGGAUUCACAGGGGAAACCAGUCAAGUACCAUUACUAUGACACUCUGACCUACGAGUACACAUCCCAUGCCAGUCCACACACUAUGCCAUUGGAGUUCAGGACACUGAGUUCACUCCACAGACAGGGGGCGCUGCGACUCAACACUGGCUCUUGUGAUGCAGGAAUGUAA